CAAAAUGAUGAGGCCCGUAAACUACCGGCGGCAGCUUUCCCCCUUUCCCCGCAUCUUCCAUAACCACCAAUACCAAAAUUCGAAUGGACUAUUCAUCCGAUUUCAGUCUCGAAACCAAUGGCUCUCGCCUGUUGUCAGAGUCUCCAAUGCUACCAUCCAGUUCCUCGUUAUCAUCAUCAUCAUCUCAAGCAGACUUGUCCUUAUCAGAACUCUCCAUUUCAGAACGCCGGCCAGAGUCCCCAUCAUCAUCAUCGUCUAGUAGGCCAUUCAGUCUACUUGCACGACCGGUAUCUCCUUCUACACCUGUUCAGACGCGUCGGUCUAACCCAAAAGAGGUUGGAGAUGAAAACUCAAACGAACACGAAGACAUGGAGGACGAUGAAGACUUUGGAGAAAUAACGCAAAAGCAGAUCACUGUCGAUGAUGAACAGGCAGCUACAUCGGAUUCGGAAGAACGCGAACAAGUGAUAAGAACGAAGGCAAAAUUAUUACGCGAAGAUAAACUACAAAAUGACAUAUUUGUUCUGCGGAAGCUCAAUGCUGCGUUUUCCUCUUUCAAUGAGGCGUUAGAAGGUGUGGGCGACGCGAAUGAGCGCAUAUCAGAACAACUCUCCCAGACAGAAGCGUUGUUGAACAGAUACAUGAUGAUAUUAGCCAAAUCAGAGGAAAUUUCACGGUUAAUCUUCGAUGAGGACUGGGAAGGGGCUGAACAGGAUGAAAUGAUACUGCGGCGUGAAGAGGAGGAGCGGAUCGAGAAAGAACGAAGAGAGGCGGAAGAACGAGCUUUAGCUGAACAACGAGAACGAGAGCGCUUGGAGAGGGAAGCUAAGGAGCUACAGGAGCGUAUAGAGAGAGAGAGGAAGGACCACACUGCAUCAUCGAGAGGCGGAAGUGGUGUUAGAGGUGUCAGAGGGACGCGCGCUUCGACUAGAGGCAUGAGGGGUGCCGUGUCGUCGACAAGAGGUUCUUCGACUAACAAUACAACGCGGGGACAUUCAUCCGGACCGUCACGGGUACCUCCACCCGGUCGCUUCGUCCGAGGAACAGUGAGACGAGGUUGAGUCUCAGUAAGAAAGCACGUACACGCUGCUGCGGACUGCCUGACGAUUGGUGGUUCAAAUUCGUCCGACAGAUAACGCAUGUACGAGGGAACCUUAUUAUUAUAAUAUUAAACACAUGAGGACACUGGAUGGAGAAGAAACCGUUACAACGUGUAGUAAUGUUGUGAAACAUGC